ACUUUGAUUCCUUCUCCUUUUUGGCCCUCGGCGAGCCCCCCUCCCCACCUGUUGUGAGCUCCGCCUCGGUCCCCGGAGACUGGCGGUGACACACACACGGGCGCCGGGGAGCUCCGCGCCCAGAAACAAAGUCGCAUGCCCCCUCCCAAGUGUUUGCUUCGAAAUCGCUGCCUGCAGUCCCCCAUUGCCGCGCAGCUCCCGCCCCCCGAGAGAAUAAGGACUAAAUAAACAGUUGUAACUCCAAACCGUGCGCCCGCGACCGUCUCCCUAUCCCACCCCCUUCCCCCCGUCCCUCCCCCUUCUUUUUUUGUUGUUGCAACUUUGUGAGAUCCUGGGGAAGGUGCGGAGACUUGGGCUCGGGCCGAUUUCCCGGUCUCGGGAUCGUCGCUGGGAUUCCCGGAGCCGCGUCCUCUCGGCUCCACGCGCUCUCAGGGUCCUCCGAGCCCGCUGCCCUCUCUGCUCUCGGUCCCUCCACUUACUCACCCGUCCCGUCCCCUUCGAUUUCCCCCAACCUGCACGGGGAAAGACUUGCUGAGAGAGUCGCCCCGGUUUCUUGUCGACCGCAGACCCCGAAAGUUUGCCCGAGGAAGAGAGUGCGCGGCGGGCGAGCGAGCGGGCCCAGGGCAGCGGCAGCCGCGCCGGGGACGAUGGUGCUGCCGGCGCCGCCUCCGCGGGCGUGAAGGCAGCGCUCGCGUCCCUCCCCGGACUCCGCGGUGUCCCAGGAACUUUUGCUGACGAUUCCAGUUUCCCCACGGAACAUUCUGGCAAUGGUAAAGCUUCAGUCCCUUCUCUGAUUUGCUGUCAGCCAUGACUGGACGGAUGUGAUGCCUGUGAGCCAGAAGGGGUGACAAGUGACCUUUUGAGGUGACUGUAACUGAAGAUUGCUUUACAGACGCCAAAAAAGGUUUUUGAGUCAUGAUGCAAGAAUCUGGGACUGAGACAAAAAGUAACGGCUCAGCCAUCCAGAAUGGGUCCAGCAGCGGCAACCACCUGCUAGAGUGCGGCGGGCUCCGGGAGGGACGGUCCAACGGGGAGGCGCCGGCCACCGAGCUUGGGGCAGCCGACCUGGCCCACGUCCAGCAGCAGCAGGCUCUACAAGUGGCCAGACAGCUCCUGCAGCAGCAGCAACAGCAGCAGCAGCAAGUUAGUGGACUAAAGUCUCCCAAGAGGAAUGACAAGCAGCCGGCCCUUCAAGUCCCCGUGUCGGUGGCUAUGAUGACACCUCAGGUUAUCACUCCGCAGCAGAUGCAGCAGAUCCUCCAGCAACAGGUGCUGAGCCCUCAGCAGCUCCAGGUCCUCCUCCAGCAGCAGCAGGCCCUCAUGCUUCAGCAGCAGCAGCUUCAAGAGUUUUAUAAAAAACAACAGGAACAGUUGCAGCUUCAACUUCUACAACAACAGCAUGCUGGAAAGCAGCCUAAAGAGCAGCAGCAGGUGGCCACCCAGCAGUUGGCCUUCCAGCAGCAGCUCCUACAGAUGCAGCAGCUCCAGCAGCAGCACCUCCUGUCUCUGCAGCGCCAAGGCCUCCUAACCAUCCAGCCCGGGCAGCCCGCCCUUCCCCUCCAGCCUCUCGCUCAAGGCAUGAUUCCAACGGAGCUGCAGCAGCUCUGGAAGGAGGUGACGGGUGUGCACACUGCAGAAGAAGCCACGAGCAACAACCCCAGCAGCCUGGACCUGACCACCUGUGUGUCCUCCUCCGCCCCCGCCAAGGCCUCCCUGGUGAUGAACCCGCACGCCUCCACCAAUGGCCAGCUCUCGGUGCACACGCCCAAGAGGGAAAGCCUGUCCCACGAAGAGCACCCCCACAGCCAUCCUCUGUACGGACACGGCGUGUGCAAGUGGCCGGGCUGCGAGGCCGUGUGUGAAGACUUCCCGUCCUUCCUGAAACAUCUCAACAGCGAGCACGCGCUGGACGACAGAAGUACAGCCCAGUGUAGAGUCCAGAUGCAGGUGGUGCAGCAGUUAGAGCUACAGCUUGCUAAAGACAAAGAACGCCUCCAGGCCAUGAUGACCCACCUGCAUGUGAAGUCUACGGAACCCAAAGCCGCCCCUCAGCCCCUCAAUCUGGUGUCCAGCGUCACGCUCUCCAAGUCUGCCUCUGAGGCUUCUCCACAGAGCUUACCUCAUACCCCCACGACCCCCACCGCUCCCCUGACUCCCGUCACCCAAGGCCCCUCCGUCAUCACCACCACCAGCAUGCACACGGUGGGACCCAUCCGCAGGCGGUACUCAGACAAGUACAACGUGCCCAUUUCUUCAGAUAUUGCGCAGAACCAAGAAUUUUAUAAGAACGCAGAAGUUAGACCGCCAUUUACAUAUGCAUCUUUAAUUAGGCAGGCCAUUCUUGAAUCUCCAGAAAAGCAGCUCACGCUGAAUGAAAUCUAUAACUGGUUCACGCGAAUGUUUGCUUACUUCCGGCGCAACGCAGCCACGUGGAAGAAUGCAGUGCGCCAUAAUCUUAGUCUUCACAAGUGUUUUGUGCGAGUAGAGAACGUUAAAGGGGCAGUGUGGACGGUGGAUGAAGUAGAGUUCCAAAAGCGAAGGCCACAAAAGAUCAGUGGUAACCCUUCCCUCAUUAAAAACAUGCAGAGCAGCCACGCCUACUGCACCCCUCUCAAUGCGGCUUUACAGGCUUCGAUGGCGGAGAACAGCAUACCUCUAUACACUACCGCUUCCAUGGGCAACCCCUCCCUGGGCAACCUGGCCAGCGCCAUGCGGGAGGAGCUCAACGGCGCCAUGGAGCACACCAACAGCAACGAGAGCGACAGCAGUCCCGGACGGUCCCCUCUGCAAGCCGUGCAUCCUGUGCACGUCAAAGAAGAGCCCCUCGAUCCCGAGGAAGCUGAAGGGCCUCUGUCCUUGGUGACAACAGCCAACCACAGUCCAGAUUUUGACCAUGACAGAGAUUAUGAAGACGAACCGGUCAAUGAGGACAUGGAGUGAACACCUGGGCGGGGCCAGUCCGAGAGGGAAGAUCAGAGACGAGAAACAAAAACAUGUCCAAAGUUUGCAGUGCAGUGGCUCUGCGUUGGCCGAACAGGCUGGAGGAGCCUCACUACACUUUGGCAACUCUGAAACGUGUUAACUCUUAGUGCCAUCAAGAAUCCCAUUUGGGAGUAUUUUUGAUUUUUCUACUUUUUGUUGAAAAAAGGAAUUUGUACUCUGUGCGUUGGAUGGACUCGUUUGGUACUUGGGAUUUUCCUCUCUUCACAGUCAACAUCAGUGUUGUAAAUUUGCUAAACUGAGAUUCACUUUUAGCAGCAGACUUUGAACUGCAGUCCUGCCGGCAUUGGACACUGAGGACGCCGACUGAGCUUGCACACCUGAGCUGCAGACCACGCCUCUGCCAGGAUCAAGGACUCCAGUGGACGACCUGUUGCACAGUACCGCAUGUUGAUAUCACUGCCUUUACGCCUUUGUUUUUUUUUUUUUUUUU